AGGUUUAUCUUCAGAGUACUUUGACGGAUUAGCUAAUUCCUUUUGUAAUUUUGAGGAGCCUGUGGAUAUACCAAUUGCAAGAACAUCUGACAUUCUUUUUUUCGGAGAGGAUGAAGAACAAGCUUCAUAAAUGGCAUGAUUCUAUACUUAGAAGUCCUGACAAAGCUUACAUUGACAAAGAAGAUGCUGGUAUCAACAACGCACAAUUUCAAACAAAAGAUGUCCUUGAAGAUCUGAGAAAAAAUACAGAAAAAAGAAUCAAGUCUUCUGUUGGAUUUCGGCAUGUUGUUGAUCUUCUUGCAUCAGCAGGAAAAUUGAUUGUUGGUCAUAAUUGUCUUCUAGAUUUAGCUCAUAUAUACAACAAAUUUUUUGGUCCUCUUCCUUCAUCUUUGACGGAAUUUGUGCAAGCUGUCCAUGAAAAAUUACCCCACACUGUUGACACUAAGCACCUUUUUAACUCAAACCAAACAAGUCAGCAUUUGAUGAAAAAGAAUAGCAAGUCAUUGUCUUCUGCCUUCUCUCUUUUAUGCCCCAACGUAUCAUCUAAUUUCCAGACCACUUCCAAGUCUUACUUGAGAUUUGAGGUCCAAACAGAUGAAAUUAGGUAAGCUUUCAUAAUUCAAUCAUUUUAUUCAUUUGUUUCUGCAUCAGGAAAUAACAAACUAAACAUGAUCAUUCGUUAUUUUUUGACUUUGUUGGGUUGGAAAUUUUCUCAUACUAUUUUAAACUCUAAGUGUAAAUCUGUUGCUAUUAUAUGUUUAAUCUAUCUGCAACAGUUGUAGUAACUAUUAAAAAGGAUUUGCUGAAUGCCAGAAUUUUGAUAUUUCAUCUUUAUAUGUCAUCUUAGCUAGGUUUUAUGCUUACCUGUGCUUUGGU